UUGCGAUAUGAUAGAAAAGCAAACGAAAUUUGACGCAUACUCUAUACCCAACCUCUCUGAUAUCCUUUUUACCAUCUCGCUCUCUUACAAAGUCUGAAUUUGAGUUUCCUUGAGAAAACAUGCCUUUUGGACAGCUUCCCGUUGGCAACAACCCCGUCCCGCAGCAUGACCCUCCAUACAGCAACGACGUACCUGUAUUCUCCGACGUCACCAUCCUAGUAAUCCGGUACCGAACAUCCUUCGCCAGCAUCAGCCGCCUCAUCCCGGACGUGCUCGAAGUAGAAGAGGAACCAUUAGUAACCGCCACACAACUAAAAUACGGCAUCGCUCCCGCUGGCCCAUUCACCGAGUUCAUCCAUACAGUGGAGGUGAGAUACCAGGGUAAAUCCUACGACUUCUGCCUAUCUCUAAUUGUAGACCUUGAGGCUGCCCUCCUGGCUGGCAGAGAGCAGAAUGGCUUUCCAAAACGACUAGGUCGCCUCUCUCUAACACCGAGCACCACAUCCAAAACGACAGGACAUGUCGAACGACCAAUUGGUCAGACAUUUUUGCAAUAUGGUUUCGAGGCCAAGGCCAAGCAAAGCCCUCCUCCAAGACUUGACAAGCCAUUCUUGAGUUUGAGGGUAAUUCCAUCGCCUGUUGCGGGCGCAAAGGCAUCGGUCAAGGACCUGGUGCCUAGUGAUUUUGAGAUCAAGCCGGCUGAAGUUUGGGAAGGGGUUGGGGAAUUGACGUUUCCUGAAAAGUGUUCACGGACAGAAGCAGUGAACAAGAUUGAGAUACUUCGGUAUGAAUCGUCGACGCUGGCAUAUGAAUGCGAUGUUAUAUUGCACCCUGCAAAGGAAGUUUUCCCAUUAUGAGAGACAGGAAUCUAAAGCGGUGGCUUGAGUUAGACAUAAAUACCAACGCAUAUAAAGCAAGUCACUGUUUUUCGCCAACCUGCAACAACACCAAAGUGCAAGAAGCCAAACGCAAGAGUCGUAACCAAAGCAC